CAUCCUCCAACAGCUUUGUGCUGUCUCCGGUAACCUUAACUGGGUAACAGCAACCUGAGAGGCUACGGUACAUCAUGGCCAGCUUUAUGGAUUAUGCCUUUGCGGCUGGAAAUGAAAGCGACGCCAGCGAAGAUGAGUGGGAUAUCUCGUCUUGUUCGGAUAAAAAGUCUUGUUGCAACAAGGAGCUGAAGGCUGUUCUAACACAUGCAGAAGAUAAAGUGUCAGUGUUGAAGAGAGCCAUCAGUGAAGGAGACACCGACACUGUUGAACAGCUGUUGGACAAUGGCAUGGAUGUGGAGACCAGGCUCGGAUAUGAUUGGACUCCACUUAUGUGUGCUGUCAGUGUUGCCAACUACGACCUGGCCAAACUGCUUUUGGAUAGAGGGGCCAGUGCCAAUUUCAGCAAAGAUCACUGGACGGUGCUCAUGGCCAGCUGCACGGCAUCUGCCAGCGAGGACAAAAUUGCACAUUGCGUGGAGCUUCUGCUGUCCAGAAAUGCUGAUCCCAACAUGGUGGACAGGUCGCAAAUGACCUGCCUGAUGCUGGCAGCCAGGGAUGGCUACAGUAAGGUCAUCAAUCUCCUGGUGUCCCAUGGAGCUGAAAUCAACGUUCAGGAUAUCAGUGGAUGCACAGCUUUGGCUAUAGCAGUGAAAUAUGGAAGGGAGGAGGCACUGCUGAAGCUCCUUCAGCUGGGGGCAGACAAAACUCUAAGGACAAAGACGGGCAAAAGCCCUGCUGAUCUGGCUGAAAUCUUCAAACACAGACAGAUUUCCAGGAUCUUGGCUUCUUCAUUGAACAUUUCCAAGGUCCAGGCCGUUGAAUCCGUGGAAGAGACAUUCUCUACGUACUUCAAGACUAACUCCCAAUCUCCAUCUUCCAAUGAAAGUGUAACCAAGCUUGAUGAACUGGAGCUCCUCCUGCAUGGCCUUGACCUGGGCUACCUCAUUGAAAUAAUGACUGAGAAUGACAUCACCUGGAGUUACCUGUUGACCAUGGAGAAGGAGGACCUUGAGAAGAUUGGUAUCACAGACCCAGAGGACCAGAGGAAGGUGCUGACUGUUAUGCAGCAGAUGCACCUGGACAAAGUGGACCCAGAAACAAUCAGCCAGCUGGGACUUGCAGACAGUGGGAGUGAGGAACUGCAAAACUUCCUCUUAAGUAUCAAUCAGCAGUGCUGCUAUCUGACAGAGAACAUUCAGCACGUCCUCAAUCGUUUCCCUCGCCAACCCUCUCAGCUGGUUUUCUCCCUGGACCCAAAGAAGGAGGCUCAAGCCAUCUGCAAACAGCUAGUGGUCCAGAGUAAAGACCUGCAAAAGGAAGUCACCUGCCUCCGCAAUCUGCUUUGCCAGAUGGAUGAAUUUGAAGAUUGCUGUCAGCCUCCUCAAGCUGGUUCCCAUAACAACAGGAGGAUUUGGUCUCUGACCACCAGAGCCACUCUGAGCGUGCUCGGAAUCACCUUCCUCGUGCUGCUCUACAAAGGUGUCAGUGGCAAGGUUUCCCUACAGUACACGGAUGCUUGUUGAUCACCUUGCAGAUGUACCCGUCAGUCAGUCAGUGAGGUCUUUUGUGUUUGACGACUGCAGCUGAAAAGUUAUUUAGUGAAUGUUUAUAUGCUUUAGGAGUGUUUGACAGGCGUUCAGUUUUAUUUUUGCUCAUGUUUUAUUUCCCAGUUUGUUCUGACGUGCCACUAGGUUGAGUUCUUUACUUUCUUUCUUUUAAACUUACUUUGUACCUUAAGUGUUUGAG